AUGGACAUUUCAGCCGAGCCCUGCACCUGCUCCGGCGUCGAGGUCGUCGGCCUCACGCGCACGCGCCCCUACGUCAUCACGGAAGCGUUCCAGCAGAACACGCGGACCUUCGGCGAGCUGCUCAAGUCCGUCGACAGUGGCGUCAAGGCCCUCGAGGCGACGGACCUCUUCUCGAGCGUCAGCGCGUCGCUGCGCGAGGACAAGGGCCACCCCGGCGCGACGGCCGCCAAGGUCACGGUGCGCGUCGCGGAGAAGCAGCCCUACGCCCUCAAGGUCGGCGCGACGACGACGCCGACGAACGGCAACGACGUCACGUUCGAGUCGUCCGCGACGCUCCGGUCGCUGCUGGGCCACGGCGAGCUCGCGACGGCGACGCUCAACCAGUCGACGCAGCAGAACCACGAGAUUCAGGUGUCCCUGAAGAAGCGCGUCGCCGGCGGCCGCGUGCUCGAGGCCGCGUUCAACGAGGGCGCCGGCGAGGCGCCCUGGGCGCCCGGCGCCGCGGAGACGCGCGCGCAGCAGCUCGGCACGACGGCGGCGCGCCUGAGCCUCGGCGCGAACUGGUUCGCCGAGUGGUCGCGGCGCGCGGGGCUCCAGGACGGCAGCCUCAGCGACAAGUGGUCGCUGAGCUACGGCGGCUCGUCGGAGAGCCGCGACGUCCCCCAGGCGCCGACGACCGGCGCCGCCGCGCACCACCGCGUCGAGGUCGCCGGCGUCGGCGGCCUCGGCGACGCGGCCUUCGUCAAGGCCGAGGCCGGCGCGCAGGCGCACGCGCGGCUCGCGGCGACGGCGAACGGGUUCGUCGCGGCGUCCGUCGCGGCGCGCGUCGGCGCGAUGGUCGGCCUGCCGCUCCUCCUGCGCGAGAACAUCUUCAAGGACGUGAGCGACGUGCCGCCCAUCGCGACGGCCCUGGCGCCGCCGACGAACGGCGCGUCGCUGCCGCUCCACAAGCCGGACAAGUUCUACCUCGGCGGCCCGUCGGCGCUGCGGGGCUUCGACCGCUGCGGCGUCGGCGCCCGGAAGCCGCCGGGCCUGGACCCGGCGGCGGCGGACCGGCCCCAGCGCGCGCCGUCGGUGCUGCUGCGCGCCUGGCGCGACAUGCGGUCGCCGUCCGCGCCCGCGGAGUCGGCCGCGGACGCGUGGGACCCGCACGCCGCCGAGGCGACGACCGACGACGACGCGCUCCCCUUCGCCGGCGCGGCCACCGGCGGCACGCUCUUCUACGCCGCCGCGGCGCUCCUCUCGGCGCCGCUCCCCGGCGCGCCGGGCGCGCAGGGCGCGCGGGGCCACGUCUUCGCGAACGCGGGCGGUUUGGUCGACGCGGACCUGCUCUACGCCGGGCCGCGCGCCCUCGCCAAGGACCUCGCACACGAGACCCGCGCCGCCGCGGGCGUCGGCCUCUCCUUUGCGCCCGCCAACUUCGCCCGCCUCGAGCUCAACUACGCCUGGGUCCUCCGGGCCCAGCAGUGCGACCUCGUCAAGCGCCUCCAGUUCGCCAUCACCGGCAGCUUCGGGAGCUAG